AUUGAUUUACCUGGGACGUUGGGGACUUUCUGGCAUGGCUGGUGCCUGCUAAUAGGGCAGGUGUUUCAAUGGUCACUUUGUUGCGAUCUAAUUUGGCCGUUUGGUGUUUCUGAGGAGUCGUGCACAUUCUCGUGUGUCGAAUGACGAGCAUCCGGUCCUCCGUGCGACCCUCGGGCAGCAAACAGCCCUGGGGUACCAUCCUGCGACCAGAGUUCGGCCUGGGCUACCAGAAGAUGACCGGCUAUGAAAUCGACCAAACAAUAAAUAGACUCAACACGUUACCGGCCAAGAAGGCGGACCUCCACGAGAGGCCGAACAAGAGGAUGACACAGGAGGAGAUACAAAUCAUGAUGGACCGACUGACCAACGUGAAGAAAGACAAGAUUCCCGACAGUGACCGACGCAUCAUGGCGUCGUUCUACGGGAACAUGGGCGUCGUCUCGUCUUUCGCAUGGAGGGGCUACAACUAGGAGGGGCUACAACUAGGAGGGGCUACAACUAAGAGGGGCUACAACUAGAUUUUAUUUACGUCGGACGUUCUUUUGAGUACAGAUGUUCACAAGACAAUAUUCACACAUCAUUCCCUCCAUCUUUCCAUCCAUUCAACCAUCUUUUCAUACAUACUCCCAUCCAUUCCCCCAAAUUUCCAUUAAUUCCUCAAUCUAUCCAUCCAUUUACCCAUCUUUCCAUCCAUACAACCAUCCAUUUCCCCCAUCUUCCCAUCCAUUCCCCCAUAUUUUCAUCCAUCCCCCAUCUUUCCAUCUUUCCCUAAUUUUUCCAUCCAUUCCCCCAUCCAUCCACCCAUUCCCUCAUCUUCCCAUUCCCAUAUCUUUACAUCCAUUGCUUCAUCUUCCAAUUCCCUCAUCUUUCCACCCAACCCAAAUCUUUUCAUCCAUCCCCCAUCUUUCCUUCCAUUCCCCAUCUUUCCAUCGAUCAACCAAUAACUCACGAUAUUCACCUAAGAAUCCUGACAACCAAUUACCCAUAUCACAUUAACAGCCAACUAGCCAACCGUCCACAUAUUCACGCUUUCCUUUAUUCAUCAACCCAUCUCCCCAUCCACAAAAGCAAUUAACCAUCUCCAUCUUUCAUCAUCCCGGCUCUCCACCAACCAAUGCUGACACCCAUCUACCAACAAAAACUCAUCAAAUCAUUAUCCAAUUGAUCGUCACAAAAAUUAACGUAUCUGCUCAUGUAUCCGCCACACCACGCAUUCAUCUACAAAGCUUCACUUACCCCACCAAAACUAAGCCACAUAUAUUUUUUACACAAGUAUCUAUUUAUCAACGGAAAUGUAAUUAUCUAAUUUUUAUUCGCAUUCCCUUCCACCCAUCCCCAUCUCAUCAUCUAUAGUCAUAAACUCAACCCCCCCCCCCCACUCAUCUGCGCAAAGCACAACCACACAACCACAGUUUCUCACCCAUAAGCCCAAUCAUCCCGAUAUGAAACCCACAAACCCACACACCCAUCAUCGAAUCCACAAACCCAACCACCCACCAAUCUAACUAUCAACAAACACACAAACCCAGCCACAUAACAUCAAACCCCACAAACCCACCCACCUAUCAGCAAACCCCACAAUCCGGCCCACCCAUCAGCAAACCCACAAACCCAACCACCCAUCAUCAAAUCCUAAAACCCAACUACCCAUCUAACCAACCCCCAAUCUAACAAACGAACCAACCUACGAACCAAACAUUCAUAUCCACACAGCCACCCAUCCAUCCAUGCACUCACCAUGAAACUCAACCACCCAUCCAACCCCUCGUCUACCAACCCCCUCCCCCAUCACUCCAUCCCCUCCCCCAUCACUCCAUCCCCUCCCCCAUCACCCCAUCUCCCCCUUUCUAACUCUGCUUUACUCUUCCAUAACUGACUUACUCCUCGAAUAUAUUAUACAAGAAACGUCAAACAUUAUCCCCAUUAAACACAUUUCUUAAGCUA